AUGGAGUCGGCCACCAAUCGCUUCUCAGAGCCCGAAGACCAGCCCAUCGAUGGCACAGAUGUGACACAACUGAUGGCCAACUGCGAGAAGUGGUCGCUUAAGAAUGAUUUAGAGCUUUUAUCUCAUUUGAAACGAUUGAGUCAUACAAUGAUCACCAAAACCGAAGCCACCAAUCAGUCAAUUAGUUCUCUAGUCUUUGAGGCAAAGAUGAAUUGCGUGAAAGUGGAUAAUGUGAUCAAUGAGUUGCAAAUGUUAGCCAACUCUCAGUUCGUGGAGAACAGGGUUUACGACGAAGAGAUGGAUGAUAUCAUCGCUAAUGACGCGAAUGGCGUCCAAAGUGUCGAAAUGGUUAGCCCUAAGAGUAAAGAAGAGGAUAUUUUACCGAAAAUCAAAAGUGCAUUAAAUAUCGGAAUGGAUUUCUUGAGCCAACGGUUUGAUUGUGACUCAAAACAAGUGCCACAAAACGAUUCGGACGAUGAAAACGACCAAAUAGUCGGAGGACUCCUCUCACACGCGUCCAGAGAUGAAUACUCGCAAAGACUUCUGCCGUAUAUCAUCGGAAGCGAAGACUUCAUUAGUGAUAACUGUGUCGGACUGAGUCGUGUGGACGACACCCCAGCUAUUGAUCUUCAGACUAAUGAAAACGACAGCUUAAGUGUUGCCUCAGAUUUGGACACUUUUGAGGUCCAGAAAACUAUUCCACAGAAAAAUAUUUUUGACGACAAUUUGAGUGAUAGUGACGACGACUCGAAAGAUAUUUUCGGAUCUAUUCCUCCUAUUCCUCAAAGUGUGGUAAAUAAUGAGAGAUUAAUAUCUAGUGAUGAAAGCGAUGCCGAGACGUUUGCCGCUCAAGAGGCCAAUGAAGAUCUGAUUAUAUCUAAAGAUAAUGUGAUUGAACCCAAAAGAGCCAUCACUUCAUUUCAAGACGAGUUGUCGGCCGUCAUCUCAGCCAAGAAUCCAUACAAACAGACGGUGCGAACAAAUGAGGAACAGUCCAUCACUUCUGAAGAGAAAACAACGGCCGAUGUGUUUGUGAAUCAAAAGCAAAUUCAUUCACCGAUUCCUAUGGAUUCGGAGAGUAGUGACGAAAGCGACUCAAUCUUCAAAGUCAACAAAAGUAAACCCAAAAUUCAAAGCAAACAAAAGUCCAGUUUUGAUGAUCUGUUUGGCGAACAAACGAAUGACAGCUCACUGUUUGGCCGAAAGCCAGACAAACCGAAAAUUAGUGAUAAAUUAAAUAAAGUUUUAUCAAACGCUUCGUUGGAAAGAGUGGACACAAAUAAUUCCAGUCUUUUUGCUGAUGAAGACGACGACUUAUUCAGUGAUACCAACCGUAAGAAUGCAAAGAUUGAGUCCAUAGUCAGUAAAGCGAAGAAUUCUGACAUUUUUGAUAAGAAGAAAGUCAUUAAUAAUAAGAAACCUGUCGUUGAGAAGAGAUCUCUAUUUUCUGAUGAUAGCGACGACGAAGAUAUGGACGACCUAUUCAUUGGUGCCAUUGAUAGGACAGUCGUUGAAACCGUCAAUGAAGAGAACGACAAUUCAGACAUUUUUGGCAAAAGUAGUUCAAAAAGGGUUGAAAAAUCUAUUGAAAAAUCGCUUUUCUCUGACGAUGACAAUGAAGACGAAGACGCGGACGAUCUCUUCAUCGGAGCCAUUAGUAAGAAGACAUCCAUUGCGUCAUCAAUAUCCUCGUCGUUAGUCAUCGAAAACAAAGAAAGCAAACUCUCAGAUAUUUUUAAUGAAAACAGUGACAAAUCAAGUGAGAGACCAACUGAUGAGAGAAAACCUCUUUUCGAUGACGAAGACAUCGACGAUCUCUUCAUUGGUGCCAACAAUAAGAAGACAACUAUUGAGUCGAUAGUUACUAAAGAAAAAGAAAAACCGAUUGUUUUCUCGGAAAAGAAUGAUUCGCCAAAAGAGAGACCAGUUAUUGAAAAGAAGUCUCUAUUUAGUGACGACGACAGCGAGGAAGACGUGGACGACCUCUUUAGUGCCAUUUCUAAGAAGACAACCAUUGAAUCCAUAGUCAAUAAUGAAGAAAAUGCCGAAAAUUUUGGUGAUAACAGUCCUAUAAAAACGGAAAAACCAGUUAUUAAAAAGAGAACUCAAAUAUCCCUUUUCGGUGAUCACAACCAAAACAAUGACACCGACGAAGACAAUGGUGAAGAAGACGUGGACGACCUCUUCAAGAGUGCCAUCAAUAAGAAAAGCACUGAAUUUAUGGAUAAAGAAAGUGAAAAUUCAAAUAUAUUUGAAGACAUUAGUGUUAAAAGAACUGAAAAUCCAAUUGUCGACAAAAAAUCUCUUUUUUCUGACGAUGACAACGACGAUGAAGAUGUUGACGACCUCUUUGUCAAUGUCAUUGAUCCUAAGAAAACUAUAGAUCCUAUAGUUCCUGAGGGCAAACCUACAAAUAUUGUUAAAAAUAGUGUCACAAAAACUGAAAAACCAAUCGUUGAGAACAAACCGCUCUUCAGUGAUGAAGAUAAUGACGAUCUCUUCUUUGGUGCCGUCACGAGAGCGCCAACUAUUAAACCGAGUGUUAGGACACAGAAUUCAAAUAUUCCCCAACAAACUAGUGCUAAACAAAAUGAUGUUAAAGUGAAGCCUUCUGUGAAACCAUCUAUUUUUGAUGACGAGGACGACGACGACCUCUUCAGUGCUGCUAUUAAUAAGAAUAGUAAGAAGACAUCAAUUGAUUCCACUAUUAAAAAGGAAAAGAGUCCUAACGUUUCAAAUAAGAGUGUAAGUGAUGUCAAAAAGACUGUAAAAUCACUUUUCGAUGACGAGGACAACGAUGAUGAAGAUGUGGAUGACCUGUUCAGGGGUGCCGUCAGUAAGAAGAAGACAGUCACUGAAUCGGUCGCUAAUAAACAGAAUAAAAGUUUCAUUGAAUCGCUUAACAAAGUAGUGGAGAAUAAUUCAAACGUUUUGGAGAAAAAUAAUGUCACAAAGAAAGAGAAACCAGUCGUUGAGUCUUCGUCUGUGUUCGAUGACGAAGAGGACAACGACCUCUUCACGGCUGUCGUCAUUAAGAAGACAACAGUCGAACCAAUUGUUAACAAAGCAGAAGAUGAAGACGAAGACAAGUCACCGCCUAUUCUGGUCAACGACGGCCUCAAACAGAGAGCAAUACUCGGCUCUAAACGGAACCGAAGGCCGCCAUCGAAGAGACUUUUGAAACCAAACGAUUAA